UGAACCAUCACCACUGCCUGCCAGGAUCUGCGUUAGCAAGAAGCUGGACUCAGAAGCCAGAGCUGAGACUUGAACUUGGGCAGCAGGUGUCUUAAACAUUAGGCUAAAGAACCACCUGAAACUUAGUUUUUGCUCGACAUUCCUUAUUGUCAACGAACACUUCGCCUCCCGGUUUGCCUCCUUCAAGAUUAAGAAUGACCCAGAAGAAAUCAAUGCUCUAUUCCGGAACCAAUGUGUAUACUCAAGUGCCUGAUGGAGGCUGGGGCUGGGUGGUCGCUGUUGCUUUUUUCUUCAUCGAAGUCUUUACCUACGGCAUCAUCAAGUCCUUCGGCGUCUUCUUUAAGGACUUAAUGGAGAGUUUUGACGAAUCCAACAGCAGGAUCUCAUGGAUAAUAUCUAUAUGUGUGUUUGUCUUAACGUUUACAGCUCCCCUCGCUUCAAUCCUGAGCAAUCGCUUUGGACACCGGCUGGCAGUGAUGCUGGGCGGGGUGCUGGUCAGCACUGGAAUGGUGAUAGCCUCCUUCUCCCAAAAGGUCUAUCACAUGUACAUCGCCAUUGGGGUUGUCUCAGGUCUGGGAUACUGCUUCAGUUUUCUCCCCGCAGUCACCAUUCUGUCCCAGUACUUCGACAAAAGGCGUUCCAUCGUCACAGCUGUCGCCUCCACGGGAGAGUGUUUCGCUGUGUUUGCUUUUGCACCAGCCAUCACAGCCCUGAAGGAGCACACCGGCUGGCAGUACAGCCUCUUCUUCGUGGGCCUGCUGCAGCUGAACAUCGUGGUCUGCGGGGCACUGCUCAGGCCCCUGGUUAUAAGAGGACCCGGGUCGCCCAGGAAGGUUCCCCACGAGAACCGGAAGGAAGUGCAAUACAUGCUUGAAAAUGAGAAAACGCGGACCUCAAUCGACUCCAUCGACUCAGGAGUGGAACUAACUACCUCACCAAAAAACGUGCCUAGUCAUGCUAACUCUGAACCCGAGCCCAGGGCGGACACGCAGAGGGUCCUGGUGAAGGCGGGUUCCCCACGCAGGGCUGAGAAAGCCCCCCUGAUAGACUUCUCGAUUUUGAGAGAGAGGAGCUUUAUCUGCUAUGCGUUGUUUGGCCUCUUUGCCACGCUGGGAUUCUUUGCGCCUUCUCUGUACAUCAUCCCUGUGGGUAUCAGUCUGGGUGUCCAUGAGGACCGUGCUGCUUUCCUGCUGUCGGCGAUGGCGAUCGCCGAGGUGUUCGGCCGGAUUGGAGCUGGUCUGGUCCUCAACCGAGAGCCCAUUCGCAAGAUUUACAUUGAGCUCAUCUGUGUCAUCCUGCUGACCGUGUCUCUGUUUGCCUUCACGUUUGCCACCGAGUUCUGGGGACUCAUGGCCUGCAGCGUGUUCUUUGGGUGUAUGUUUGGGACUAUAGGAGGGACCCACAUCCCACUGCUUGCAGAGGACGACGUUGUGGGCAUCGAGAAGAUGUCCUCCGCAGCUGGAGUGUACGUCUUCAUCCAGAGCAUCGCAGGGCUGGCUGGACCACCCCUGGCAGGCCUCUUGGUGGACCAAAGUAAGAUCUACAGCAGGGCCUUCUACUCCUGUGCAGCUGGCAUGGCUGUGGCCGCCCUGUGCCUGGCCCUGGUGAGACCGUGCAAAAAGGGACUGUGCCAGCGCCAACAUUCUGCGAGAACGCCAGCAGAGAGCCACCGGGCGAAAGCUCUGGAAGACAUCCCUGAAGACUUUCUGGAAAUGGAUCUUGGGAAAGCGCAGCCAGUAUGACAGGCUCACCUAGGGAGCAGGGGCUGUUAAGGUGGCUAGGGGUGAGACGAGUGCGGGGCGGGGGGCAGAGGAGCGCACUUCUCUGUCCCCCUGCAGCAUAAGGGAAUGUGGGAGUGAACACACUACCAUCUUUUUCCCCUAAAGUUUUCCUUUUCGCUGCUGCUUCUUCUUUUUCUUUUCUUUAAGCCAAAACAGAAACAACGAAACACUCUUCCCUGUAUGAAUCUGGCUGCAGUCCAUAGCAACACAAAGGUCACACUCACAUUCCAAGGUUGAAAUCAUGACAUGAAGCGACAAGGGUCCUCUAAGAGCAUUUACACGUCAUAAGCGACUCUCUAAGAAAACCAGCAGCUCACCCAGGCCAUGGAGAUUCACCAUUCAAACAUAAAACCUUCAACCAAUCUUUUCAAAGCUUCCAGUAUUCAGAAAUAGGAAUACAUUUUAUAAAUGCUUUGAGAAAUACUAAGGUUUUCAUUAACAAAUUGCGGCCUCUGAAGUUUCCACACACUGCAUGGGAAUGAAGCUAGUUUAAGAUCAAGCAUUUGACUAAUAUAAAAAAUUAAAUAUAUAUAUAUAUAUAGAUAGAACUUGCACUUCCUCGAAGGGAAAAUCACCACUUUUUAUGAUCAGUCAUCACCAGAAGUAUUUCAAUGCAGAAUAUUACCAAAUGGCAUUUGAAAAUGUGUUUCCUAUGACUUUUAACUAUUCAAAAUAUGUGAUUAUAGUGUCUUUAAUUUAAACCACUAUUUAUUAUUAAGUUAUUCUAGAAUGAUUAAUCAAAAGAAAUGAAACAUGAUCUGAGACACAGAAGCUUUUUUUUUUUUACCUCCUUUCUGCAACUCACUUCAUGUCUCCAAGCUUCCUUCCUACCCUGUCAAGUUACUCUGUAAGGCCUCAUGGUCAUGAUUCUUCGGUUGGAGUAGGGGCAGGGUACACGGUUUAAGAGGGGGGAAAAUGGAUAGCAAAUCGCCUUAGCUUUCACAAAUCAUUUGUUUCAUCUCCUACGAAUACUUGAGGAUCUUCUUUGAUCAGCAUUACAUUUCAUUGAAUUUGUGGAAACAUUUAUGAUUUUUUUUAAGCAUUGAAGAGUUGAAGUAUUUCUGUAUUUCAUGGGAGUAGCAGAGACAUUUGCAUUCAUUACCAUCAUGAGUUACCAACUGCAACUUAAUGUCUUCCGUAGAAGGUGGCUCGUUUGUUCCUGUGGGUUUCACUUACGUGGUGUGUGAGCAGUUUUCUGGAAAGCAGGCCGGGGUCAGGGUGGGAGGUGGGCUUUGGGUCGCCUAGUCUACUGACUCUCACCCUCCGGGUGAUGCUCAAUGCUUGCUGCUCCAUCUUUCUUCAUCUUUACUGUUCAUUUAUGACAACUCAGGGGGAAAAAAAUUGUAAACAAGCCUAGUUUGGUUAACAGGUACACACAAGCUUGAAUCUUUCUGUGCACUGAAAUGAAAGUGGCAUAGUUCAUCACCACUGGCUAAAGUUUGUAUAGCAUUUUUAUCAGCCAUAGAAAUAGGACAAUCUGUAAACCUCUGAGAAGGGCGGGGCGGCGAGGACCAAGGCUGUGGGGCACUAACCCCGAGGCCAGGCGGGAGGCAGCGGAUCUGCCACUGCCUGCCAGGAACUCGGAGUGCGUGGCUGCUCUGCUGACACGCAAAUGACUUCAGCACUUUAUGACGUAUUUUUUUACUAUGAAUGUUCAAUACAAUUUCAUAUUUAUAAUUGAUUUCUGAGGGAUCUGCUCUAUGUCCAUAUCUGUUAACUGCAUGGGGGAAAAAAAAUGUAUGCCAACUCGCGUAGGUCAGUAAGCCAAGAUUUUACAUGUUUGGAAGAAAAUAAAAAGCAAAAUUGGU